UUUAAAUGUUGUUUAGUUGUCGUUUUGCAUCUUUUAUUUUCAUAUUUAUUACAAGAUUCGGAUAAAUUAACAUUUUUAGGGAAUGACCAAGAUGAAGAAAAAACUACUGAUAAUGUUGUAAAAGAUAAUAAACAAAAAAGGAGUUAUUCGGCUAAAGGUUCAAAAAAUAGUCAUGAUAAAGAAAAACCUGACGUAGAUAGUGAACAAAGGAAUUGCUUAACUGAAGUGACUAUAAAAUGUAGUGAUGCUCAUUCGGAUGAACAAUCGAAUUCUGAAAACUCCGAUACUGAUUUAGAUGAACAUUCGUUUACUUCGAAAGAUAAUAGAGAAAAGAAAAAUUUAAUAAAAUGGAGAGAUGAAGAGAAACAAGCAAUUGAAUUUUUUUUUCAUAAACAUAUCAAACAUAGGAUUUCUCCAAAAAAACAAGAAGUCCUGCAGUUAAUGAAAUUGUAUCCGAACCUAUUCAAAGACCGGAAAUGGGAUCUUAUAAAAAUUUACGUACGCAACAAAUACAACUCUGAAAGUGAAAAUAACACUAUACAAUUCGUCUCAGUGCAAUGCAAAGAGGACGACCACGUAUCUCCUUUUUUAUGUAUGGAUAUUAAGGAAGAACCAACACGUGUUAUGAAUAGCCAAGACUUUCAAGAUGAUUAUUCUGAUCAGAUGAAAGUAGAAGAAAAAGAAGAAGAAUCGCCCACCACUUUGGACAUGGAUUUAAAGAUGAUGUUUGAAGAAGAUAAUGAACAAACUAAUACCAGUAGUACAAUCAAAACGGAGCAUCCAGUCGAAAAUAUUCAGUUACCUGUCUCUUCCUUACAGACAAAACUGCCCUUACCUUUAAGCAAUUGUCAACUACCUGCCAACUCAGCUCUUUUACUAAUUCCUGAAACACAAGAGACGUCUAAUACACUAACUUUGCUUAAUUUGAAUAAGAUAUCACCAGUCAAUUUAUCAGAUACAAUAUCUAAUCCACCUCCACCCUAAAAUUUGAAUGAAAAACUCUCCAAAGAUUUUUUUGCAAAGCAAAUCUGACGAGAACAUAAGACUAUCUGUUAUUUUGUUUUGGAAUAAGAGAAAUAAUUUUUAUUUGUGCUAUUAUGAUGAUAAAAAGGCUAUAAACGAAUUUACUUAUUUCCUUGAUUAGUUAAGGUCUUUGUUUCAUUGAAUGUGCGAUACAUUCUAAAUUCAUUGUUAAAGCACGCCCCCUUCUACUUCAUUUCUUCGUGUAAUUCGCGUAAGCACACCACCCUGAAAUAAAUCCCGUUCUGGAAGGGCGACUUUUGAAUUUUAUACACGCAAAACGAUUUGUAGACCAAAAAGUUUUAGAAAUACUGGCUUACACGCUUCAGUUCAUCGUAUAAGAAUCAUGAAUGUGCCUCAACUAAUAUACUGGAGUGCACAUAACAAAUACCUACCUUACAUUUUAAAUUAGGGCUACGUAAACUAUUAUUUAAUUAUUUGUGGCGAAUUACAGAUAUGAGUGAUGUAGUUAGGGGUGUAUUCUUGUGGUGUAUCUAAUAUAUAUUUAGUAAAAACUACCUGAGCGACCUAACUCAUUGCUUAAGAGUCGAGACAGAUGUAAAAAAAAGCUAGAAAAUCUCUGGCGAAAUUACGAAUCAUUGCGAGGACAAGUCAAGUUAGUUGCUUUAUGUGUGAAAAUAUGGAAAAAACGAACCUUCCCGUAAUUAACAUUAUGUAGAUCCAUAUUUUUCGUCCGUGUAAACUCGUAUGUUGUAAAUUUCAUUAAUGUCGCUGGAGCCGUUUUCGAUGUCUCAGUUACAAAUAUAUAUUAUAAAUAUUA